AAGAAAUUCACACAACAUAACCCAAUUUUAGAGUCCAAGUUUUUCCCAUUUUAAACAAGAAAUAACUGAAAUAAAUAAGUUCGAGUGCACGAGUGUUGAACUGUUUAAUACAUAAACAAUUCCGAAAACGUAGAAAUCGCAUAUUAUCGUCCAUUUCCAUUAUUUUUUGAGUUUUUUUCCACACAAACAAAACCUAACCUCACAAUAUCCGCGUUUCCGAACCCCCACGUGUCCGGUCGGUCCCAGUGCAAGCCAAACAAACCCAACCAUGGAAGAAACGGCCAACAUAAAGAAGAAAAAGCCGAAAAACCUCAGCAAAAUCCAAACGGAAAACGAAUUUUCCCUGGAAUCCUCCGACAAAUCGGCCAAAUUGGACUCCUCGAAUUGGCCCCUUCUACUGAAGCACUUCGACCGCCUAAACGUAAGAACCAACCACUACGUACCCAUAACAAACGGCUCGUCGCCAUUGAAACGAGAAAUAUCCGAAUACGUUAAAGCCGGAUACAUCAAUUUGGACAAACCGAGCAACCCCAGCAGCCACGAAGUCGUCGCCUGGAUCAAACGAAUCCUGCGAGUGGAGAAGACCGGACACUCGGGCACCCUCGAUCCCAAGACCACGGGCUGCUUGAUCGUAUGCAUCGAACGAGCCACCCGUUUAGUCAAAUCCCAGCAAGCCGCCGGUAAACAGUACGUGUCCGUGUUCAAACUACACUCGCCCGUGGAGUUCAAGAAGGUCGUGCAGUCGCUGGAGAAGCUCAAAGGGGCCUUGUUUCAAAGACCUCCUCUAAUAUCGGCCGUUAAGAGGCAACUGAGGGUGCGUACGGUGUACGAGAGCAAACUGUUGGAUUACGAUGAGACCAGGAAUAUGGGCGUGUUCUGGGUGAAAUGCGAGGCGGGUUCAUACAUUCGAACCAUGUGCGUACAUUUAGGGCUGCUGGCCGGUGUCGGAGGCCAGAUGUUGGAGUUGAGACGAGUCAAAUCGGGCAUACAGGGUGAAAUGGACGAUACGGUCACAUUACACGACAUCCUCGACGCCCAAUGGCUCUACGACAACCACAAAGACGAAUCGUUCCUACGUAGGGUGAUCAAACCGCUCGAAGGGCUCCUGAUCAAGCACAAACGGAUCAUAAUGAAAGACAGUUCGGUGAACGCCGUUUGUUACGGGGCCAAAAUUCUCGUGCCGGGCAUCCUGCGCUACGAAGACGGCAUCGAAUUGAACGAGGAAAUCGUGAUCGUGACCACCAAAGGCGAGGCCGUCGCCCUGGCCAUAGCCCAGAUGACGACGUCGACGAUAGCCAGUUGCGAUCACGGGGUGGCCGCGAAGAUCAAACGGGUGAUCAUGGAGCGCGAUCUGUACCCGAGGAAGUGGGGCCUCGGCCAGCGGGCCAGCCAGAAGAAGAUCUUGAUCGCCAAGGGGCAGUUGGAUAAGUACGGGAAACCCAACGAGAACACCCCGAAGGAGUGGCUGACGAGCUACGUGGACUAUUCGGCGUCGAAGGAGGAGCCCGAGGAUAAGAAGAGGAAAUUGAACGUGUCUUCGGACGGGGAGCAGAACGAGAAGAAGAAGAAGAAGAAGAGGAAGCAAGAGGAUGAGGAGGACGGUGGUGGGGUCGUGGAGCCCAAAGUGGAGGUUGCCGAUGAGACGGUUGAAAAGAAGAAGAAGAAGAAAAAGAAAGAUAAAAAGGGGGAGAAAGAGGAAGCGGAAGAAACAUAAUUAAAUAUUUUUUUAUAUUUAAGUAAGUUUCGGUGUAAUUCUUAAGUUUAUAUUAUAUAAGUUUUCGCGACUCGUAGGAUUGAAUUGUUGUAAAAAAUGAGUUCUUACAGUUGGUAUAAUCUAUUUUUAGAUUUUUGUUAUUUUUAAUAAUUCUACAAUAAAAAAUUAAUAAAACGGGACGUCCUGUAUGUAUUUCGUUUUCC